AUGAAGGCUCUGAACCCAAUACUGGUGACGCAUUUGGAAGCCAGCCGGGACCUUUGCGAGACGGACUCAAUUCUUCUUGGUGCCGUACUGGUGGUCUGCCGUAUUAUGGGCGCCAAGGUUUCUACGGCUGGACGCGCUACUGGAAAAGUAGCGCUAUCCCAGCCUGGAGAAGAAGAAUUGAGGAGCGUAAGCGACGUGGGUGGCUGUGGAUACCAUUUAGCAACGCUGCUGGGUCUUCUACCGGCGCAGGUUAUAAACGUGUACCUGGGCUCCACGUUGCGCUCGAUACACGACGUACUGCACGAGUCCCACCUAACGGGUUACGUGGUGUUCGCCUUUCAGAUCUUGAUCGGCAUAACGCUCAUGGUGUGGGUGGUGCAGAAAGCUCGUAAGGAGCUGACCAUCGCGAUAAUGGCGGCGGAACUCGGUCGGGACACACUGUCCACCUCCAGCAGUUCCUCCAUCAGCUAG